UCUACCUCAUUCCAACCCGAUAUUUUUCCAAUACAUGAUUUAGGAGAAAAUCAACCUUUGGAAAUAGCCUUUGCAAGCCUUUUGCAUCACCGCUGAAGCUAUCCUUGAGAUUGUAAGCAGUUCAAAUAGUUUUGUGAGCUACUAUUAGUAACACAAGACUGGAUGUCUGGAGCUAAGAGAGAUUCUACUGUCUGUAUGACUCAUCAGCUUGCAGCAACACAAAAUGAGUAGGCAGGCCGGGGCAAGCCACUUCAACCAGUUCCUUAUAAUACUGGGAAGCUACACUCUUAUUUCAGACUUCUCUGAAUCUAACAAGAAACUUGUCUGACUCAGCAAUAUUUGUGGGAAUAUCACGUGACAAGUAACUUCCGCUCUAGACAUUGGAGAUGCAAGAACUCUGAAAACCGCUGUACUAUCUCUAUGAUAAUGACCGAGCAAGUAACUAAAUGGCCGGUCAAAUAGGCUAAUUGCUCGGAAAUUGACCGAUGACCGACUGUUAUUUAUACCUCUGUUUAAAGUUAUAGAUUUCGUUCUCUCUCAAGUGGCCUAUGAGAGAUGCAAUCUCACUGUGGCAUUUCUCGAAACGCUGUACAGACUCUUCAUCCCUCAACAUCUCUGGAGUGGGAGGAAUGGCCCUCUCUACCGGUGAAGAUGAGCGGUGCCUGCUCAGAGUAUCUGAAUGGAACACUAUAUUUUGGAGGAGGGUCUAUUCUAACCCUAACCGAUGGAUUUGGCGCUGAUGCUGCACUGUACUCAUUUAAACCUGGAGUUGACAGCACAUGGACAGUGACAGACACACCCACCUAUUGGUAUACCCUUGUCGUCCAUGACUCUGAACUGCUACUGGUGGGUGGGUACGAGUAUCAUACACAUGAUAUAACAAACAAAGUUUUCACGAUGAGGGAUGGACAGUUUGUUGAAACAUUGCCUCCUAUGAUCGAGAGCCGUGAGUCAGCAUCUGCUGUCAGUGAUGGGUCUGCACUAGUUGUGGCUGGAGGGUGUGACACCUCAGGAGAGCUCUCCUCUGUGGAAGUGUUCAAAGAUGGCCAGUGGACGACUGUUCCCUCACUACCAAGUGCAGGGUCUGUCAUGCAAUCGGCUCUUCAUGGUGACCAGUGGUACCUGAUCACAUAUCAGGGAAAAAUAUUUUGUGUGUCGCUUUUAUUACUCAUAUCUGGAUCCGACCAGUCAUCAUGGGAGACGCUACCUGAUGCUCCUAAUAGCUGUUCAGCUGCUGCCUUUUUUGGUGGCUGCCUUUUGUCCAUUGGAGGAGGGGAUAACCGUAAUCCCACAACAGCCAUCUAUGCCUUGUCCUCUAGCACCCAGUCCUGGGUACAUGCUGCUGACCUGCCUCUAUCACUGGGUUUGCCAACGUCAAGCGAACAGGCAGGUCAGCACCUGCCUGUACUGGGUUUGACAGCAGCUGUUGUCUUGUCAAGCGAACAACUGGUUGUGAGCAGUAGCUGUAGUGUACUACACGGGAAACUUAUUGUGACUCCCUUUGAUGCCGACAGUCACUUCACUGUAAGAGCUAUUGAUCGCCUCAAAGCUUCAGCAGGAAUCUCUCUGAUAGAGGAGCUUGUACAGCACACGCCCACUGCCUUCCCAGCUGUUGCUGGUUUGGAUGUUCGGGAGAUGUACGACCACAUCUUGAGAGAGUGGGCGUCAAGAUGUGGAUCACGCCCGCCCACAUGGACAGAGCUGUUCAGAGCUCUCAAGGAGAUGGGCUUGAGGGAACUGGCUGGUCGGAUGGAGAAGUACUUUAGAGGGUCAGUUCCUGAGGACCCACCCAUACCACCUUUUGAUAAGGAAGGUGACUCAGAGGAGGAGAAAGAUGAGCAAGAAAUUCUCAGGCUAAACAGUGUGCUGGCUGAGUACAUUAGUGCCAACACUGUGUUACAGAAGGAGAUUACUCAAUUAAAGAAGGCAAACAACCCUGAGCAAGAGAUUGCUUCUUUAAAGGUGAAAGAAGAACAAGUCGCUAACAAAGAGGAACCAACAUCUGGAAACGUGAAUGAAGAACCAGUCUCACAGCUACAACCGUCUAAUUCACAGCAUCAUGUAAUACCAUUCAACCUCCCUGGUGUUGAAGUUGUGGCCAGCACGUGUGUGAUCGUCACCAACUCACCCCAAACCUUCCAUUGGGUUGGCUAUGGGUUCAAGCUCACUAUACCCCAGGGCUCCCUGCCAGCUGGUGUUGGCCAGUGUCGACUAGACAUCAAGGCCAGUGUAGCUGGACAGUACCAGUUUCCUGGCAAUCUCCAGUUGGUCAGCGGUGUUUUCUGGAUACGUCCUCAUCCCUUGUUUCGAUUCCAACAGCAGCUGACAAUCGAGAUACAGCACUGUGCCAAGAUUACCAGCUCCACCAAGCUCUCAUUUGUGAGAGCAUGUUGCUCCCAAAAACAUCUUCCAUACACAUUUGAGGUAGUAGAUAGUCAUGCGUCAUUCUCAAAACAUAGCUCGUAUGGGGUGCUAGAAAUCAAUCAUUUCAGUGGAUAUGGUAAUACAGUCGAAAUAACUGAUAAACGACACUAUAUUGCAAGUCUUUACUAUUUUGAGGUGUCUUCUUCUAUUUCAAGAAUUCAUUUUGUAGUAACUUGGAAUACUGACAUUCACAGUGAGGCUGUAAGUCGGCAGUACAAAAAAAAGCGUGCCGUCUUGGAACAAUACUCAGCCUUGGAAUUUGAAGAGGAUAGAAUUUCCUUGGACGUAAAUGAUAUAGUGACUACAAGUGGUUGGAAAAUAAUGGCAUUAGCAACACCACUAAUUAUUACCAAAAGUGAAGUAGAUGACUACACUGGUAGAAGUCACUGGAUACCCACUCUUCAACUGCAAGCAAAUCGUCUUAAAACAAUGGCAAAAUUAGAAUGUACACUCAAAUUAAAUGGGACGAAAAGACCGAAACAACUGAAUAUUUUGAUAGACUUUGAAGACUCUCACACUUCGGAAAACAUACGUGAGGAUGAUGAAAGAGGUGAAAACCAAUUGUGCAUUGAGGAUUUGCAAGAUAUUUUUUCUCUAUUAAUCAAGGCUGCUAAAGAUUGGUUUGAGUUGGGCCUCGCUUUGGGGAUUAAAGUUGACACUCUUGAGGCAAUUGAUUCCAACAAGAACAGCAAUAAAGCUCACUUACGUGAAAUGCUGACUCACUGGUUGCGAUCUUCACCUUCUCGUACAUGGAGUGACAUUUGCAAUGGCCUCAGAAGUGACACUGUCCAACAAGAUAAUCUCGCUGAUAUAAUUGAGGAGAAAGGCAUUCUCAGGAAGAAGCUCAAAUCAUCUUCCGUGUAACAUUGAGAACAAACCAUUGGAUAUUACGUAUCACAAGUAUAAUUAUAUUCUUAGAUCGUGCAGGAGUACCUGGUUAGAUGUAUAUACAUGGUGUAUAAUUACAUGUAUGUGUGGAGUCUAGCAGACCAGCACAAAGUAAAAUGAUAUAUACUUGUAUGGCUUCUGUUGACGUUUAACUGGAGGAAAAAUGACAUUAGCAACCUAUGAAUAGUCCAU